UAUUUGAUGACGUAAUAGACACUUCCUGUUUAUUAGGACGAUUUGCAGCUGAAGAUCAAAAUGCAGCGUGGUGGGGGUGAAAGUGCUUCAGGAUACUCUGGAGGCGCCCACCCAACAAGUGGAGGUCAUUCGUCAUAUCGCUACGAAGACUUAGAAUUCCCCUACUGUGAAGAUUCUGGCAAAUAUGAAAAACUCGCCAAAAUUGGCCAGGGAACGUUUGGGGAAGUAUUUAAGGCAAGAGACAGGAAAACCAAACGACUGGUAGCUAUGAAAAAAGUACUGAUGGAAAAUGAAAAAGAAGGGUUCCCGAUCACAGCUUUGAGGGAGAUAAAGAUUCUCCAGUUAUUACGACAUGAAAAUGUUGUGGAUCUAAUAGAGAUCUGUCGUACAAAAGCAUCUCAAUACAAUAGGUUUAAAAGCACAUUCUUCCUGAUCUUUGAGUUUUGUGAACAUGACCUUGCUGGACUUUUGAGCAAUGCUAACGUGAAAUUUAACCUUGGUGAGAUCAAGAAAGUUAUGCAACAACUGUUGAAUGGCCUGUACUUUAUACACAGCAACAAAAUUCUGCAUCGUGAUAUGAAGGCAGCCAACAUCCUGAUCACAAAACACGGUGUUCUAAAGCUAGCGGACUUCGGACUGGCACGAGCCUUUAGUGUUCAAAAAGCAGGACAGCCUAACAAAUACACAAAUCGUGUGGUAACAUUGUGGUACCGCCCUCCAGAGUUACUCCUGGGGGAGAGAAACUAUGGGCCUCCCAUUGAUAUGUGGGGCGGAGGGUGUAUUAUGGCAGAAAUGUGGACACGGGCGCCAAUCAUGCAGGGCAAGACAGAACAGAACCAACUUCAGCUCAUCAGUCAGCUUUGUGGGUCAAUCACCAAAGAAGUAUGGCCCACAGUCGAUAAACUUGAUCUCUUCGCACAGCUGGAUCUUCCUCAAGGUCAAAAGCGUAAAGUGAAAGAGAGGCUAAAGGCGUACGUUAAGGAUCAGUAUGCUCUUGACCUCCUCGAUAAACUCUUAACUCUUGACCCGUCCAAACGAUUGGACAGUGACAGUGCAUUGAACCACGAUUUCUUCUGGACAGAUCCAAUGCCAAGUGACUUGUCUGAAAUGUUAUCACAGCACAAAACGUCCAUGUUUGAGUUCCUGGCGCCACCUAGACGGCCAGGUCAGAGGCCAAUGCCACACGCACAGAAUCAGAACAUCCAGCGACCAACACACAACCCAGAUCUUCAUGUAGAGCGAGUUUAUUAAUGUGAAAUAUGAUUUAUGUAACAAUAUAUAUGUUAUCAUUCUGUAAUUGUGUUUACUUUGCUUGCACAUAUUGUUGUGUCAUUCAAAGAUAAGCAACAAUAUUGAAAAAAGGUCAUCUUAACAUUGAAAUUCAUCUAAAA